AUUUGGAGCUUUUCUCCGAAGAUAUGGAAAAUAUAAGAGGCGUGCUUAGGUCACAUGAUCUUUUGGACAAAAUGGCAGAAGGAGAGGUAGUAAAACUACAGAAUCAUCUGAGUUUACUUCGAGAGGAAUAUGUUAAGCUACAAAAUCGAUUGGCUCAGGUAGAGAAGAAAUACCAGAUUGCUGUUGCUAGUUCUGGUCAGUCAGGAUCAGAUGACAAUUUUGUAGCUAGAUUAUUAAAAACAGUUGCUGAACUGUUCAAUAAAGAACUCUACAGUGACAUAACCAUUCACUUGCAAGGUUCACAACAGAUAUAUGGUCACAGGUUUGUCCUAGCUGCUAGAAGUGACUACUGGGGUCUGCCUGAUCUAUCUUCUGUCAAAGAACUGGAUUUAACUGAUAUAAAGUAUGAGGUAGCCAAUGCAUUGAUGAAGUGGGUAUACACAGAUGAAAUAGAUAUAAAAACAGAUGAUGUCUUCCUGUUAGAGUUACUCAGAGUGGCCACCAGGUUUAAACUUAAGGUGCUACAAGAAAGAUGUGAGAAUGGCUUGAUGUCCUUUGUUAAUAUGAAGAAUUGUAUCAGAUUUUAUCAGACAGCCGAAGAAAUAUCUGCUGAACUACUGAAGCAACAUUGUUCUGAACUGAUAUCUAACCACUGGAAUGAUUUUACGAGUGAUGAUUUUGAGACGAUGCCAGCACCUUUACUGUACAGUAUGUUUAAGGCUAAGACAGAAUUUCCUCUACACACUGCGAUAAGAGCCAAGAGGGAAGAUGUUGUUUUCUUAUAUCUCAUGGAAUUUGACUCUCAGUUAUCAAAUAAGUUGAACGAGGUUGAUGGUAAAGGUGACCUUCCUCUUGACCUUGCCCUACAUUCUAGACAAGAAAGCAUUGCACAUACACUGAUUAAACACAGAGUUGAUGUAAACAGGAGAGAUAACUCUGGAAAAUGUCUCUUACACAAAGCAAUUAAAAGAGGAGAUGAGUUUUCUGCAGAGUUUUUGAUCACAAACAAAGCUGAUGUUAACAUGACAACACAUUUAGACAAAGAAACACCCCUACACAUGGUAGCAUCAUUUAACCCUGAUGUAUCAAGUCCAGAUGUCAUAAAAGGGAUGGCAAGGAUAGCACAGAAACUGUUAGAGCAUGGUAGUGAUCCCAACCAACAGGAUACUGCUGGCAGUACUCCAUUACAUUGUUCUGUGUUCUGUAAGAAUGAGGCAGUGAUGCAGGUCUUAUUAAACAGUAGUAAAACCAACCUGGAACUGAAGAACCUCGAGGGACAUACAGCUCUAUGGCUAGCUAUACAACAGGUAGCAGAAAAAGAAGGUGAUGUUGAGGAAGUAUACGGAGAGAGUAGUAUAGCAGCUCAGUUGUUAAGGAAAGGAAGUUCUGCUGAUGCUGUGGAGCCUGAAACCGGUGAUGUUUUGUUGCAUUUAGCCACUAGAUGUGGAAAUGAGAGAGCUGGAAUAUUUCUGGCUAAGAAUGGUGCAAAAUUGAAUCUCACAAACAAUAAGGGAGAGACAGCCCUUCAUUUAGCAUGUGAAAAGGGACUCUUAAAACUGACAGAAAUAUUAUUAGACAAGGGAGCUAACCCAAAUUCUCAAACAUUAAAACCAUCCCACUCAGCCACAGAACAAUUAACAUUUGAUGGAGAACAGCCUCCUGUUUCUCAACAGACACCUCUCCAUCUAGCUCUAGUCCAUAGACAUAGUGAUAUCGUAGAGAUAUUUCUACAGCAUAAAGUUAAAGCAGCACACAGUGAGGAUGGGAUUAAGAUACUACCCAACUUCAAUCUUAAAGAUUCCGAUGGUCAGACAGUAUUAGGUCUGGCUCUAUGGAGCAACCUUCAUUCUGAGGCAGCUAGAUUGUUAGGAGCAGGAGCCAACAUCAAUGAGAAGAAUUCCGAUGGAUUGACAUUAUUACACCAAGCUAUAGAGAAACAGGAUACAGCCAGUGCUCUGUUCUUAAUAGAACACCAGGCAGACCUUGGUGUAGUCACACCAGAUGGUGAGAUUCCCUUACAACAUGCUAUAAAGCGCCAUCUACCUGUCGUGGUUGAUAUUCUGUGUAAAAGGGGAGCUAAUAUGAAUCUACCUGACAAGGAAGAUAACUGCCCACUAUGGAAUGCCUUGGAUUCAGGACAACAUGAUAUAGCACAGAUACUUGUAAAACAUGGAUGUGACCUUGACCUGUGGUCAGCAGGACCUGGUGGUUGUAGACAAACAUUAUUACACAGAGCAUUAGAUGAGAAUAAUGAAUCCGUAGCCUGUUUUCUCAUCAAAAGUGGUUGUGAUAAGAAUAGUCCACGAAAACCAGGACCAAAUGGUGAAGGGGAAGAAGACGCUAAAGAGUUAUCUUCCCCUUUACACCUGGCCUGUUGUUGGGGACUAGAGACUGUUGUACAGUGUUUGAUAGAGCAUGAUGCUGAAGUUAAUGUCAAGGAUGCCGAUUCCAAGCGCCCAGUUCAUGUUGCCAUAGAAAAUCAGCAUACUGUGAUUAUCUCCCUUCUUUUAGCCCACCCUUCAUUAGAUCUGACUGUACGUGACAAAAAUGGAUUCACUCCGUUUGCUGCUGCCAUGACAACUAAAAAUAACAAAGCAGCACAGGCCAUAUUAAAUAGAGAACCAACUGCAGCUGAACAGGUUGAUAACCGAGGUAGAAACUUCCUUCACAUAGCCAUACAGAAGACUGACAUAGAAAGUGUGUUGUUUCUCAUCAGUAUAAAUGUUAAUGUUAAUUCUCCUGUACAAGACUCGAAACAACUAAUGCCAUUACAUCUAGCUGUCAUGCAUGGAUCUGAGAUUAUUGUCAGGAAUUUGUUGUUAGCAGGAGCAGAUGUCAAUGCCAAAAACAAACAAAAAAUGACCUGCCUGCACUUAGCAGCAGCAGAUAACCACGCCAGUAUAUGUUCUGUAUUGUUAGACAACAGGAUAGAGUUUGAUGCCUUAGAUGAGAACAAUAACAAUGCAUUGCACAUAGCUGUUCAACAAGGCCAUCUACAAGCUACUAGAGUGUUGUUAACAGAAUCACAAAUAAAUGCUGAAGCUGUUAAUGCUAAAGGACAGAUGCCUAUCCAUGUACUAUGUCAGUAUGGGAGAGAUAAUGCAGCAGCCAUCUUUGAAUUGUUUAAAGAGAGUAUGCCUGAUUACCCAAUAGAUGCUGUUGACAGUGAGGCAAAUACAGGUUUAUUACUAGCCUAUGUGAAUGGCAAUGGUAACUUAUGUAGAGCAUUGGUCAGAGCUGGAGCUAAGCUAGGAACAAUGAACAGACAGGGAUUAAAUAUAUUUAAUGCACCUGUUGCUACCAAACAAUUACUUUUCAAAUUAUUAGAUAUGUUAUCUAAAGAACCAGCUUGGUCAGAAGGAGAGAUUUGUUUAGAAUGUUGUGUUAAAUUUGGAAUCAAAACAAGAAAACAUCAUUGUCGUCACUGUGGAAGACUUCUUUGUGCCAAGUGUUCAUCUAAAGACAUGCCAAUUGUGAAAUAUAAUCAACAAAAACCUGUUCGUGUUUGUGAUGUUUGUUUUGAUGUGCUAAGUUUAGGCGGUGUAUUUUAAUGUCAUAACAAUGUUGUUUCAUUGUACCACCUUACAUUGCAAUGUUAACCUUAAAUGUUUGUGAUAUGAUAUGAAAUGGUCAGUUUCAUGUGUACAUGUUCAUAUUUUGUGCAUUUAGAUUACAGAGUGAAAAAGCAAGUUAGUAAUAGGUUGUCUAGAUGUACCUUUGAUCUUGAAUGCUGGAUAAUGUUGAACUGCAUCAGUUGUUUUAAGAAAUAUAAAGAGAAAGUAGAUGGAAAAGUAUGUGGUAAUUUCAUAACUAAAAAAGAUUACAUGAUUAAAAAUCUUAAAUAUAGAUCAAAUAAAAAAACCCCGAUAUAAUAUCUUUUUCGAUAAAGGUUAAGUAUCAAUUUUUCACCAUAAAUAAUGAGAAUAACCAACACAGGGCAGCAUUUGAUCAAAACAUUUAUUGAGCAUGGUGAACAAACAGUAUGAAAAUUUUACAGAAUUCAGCUUUCUCGUUUUUAUUCAGAAGGCUUUGAGGUUUUUGUUAACAUUUGUGUUAGAUGUGUUUGUUGUAUUGUUUUUGUUUUUGUGUAAAUUUAGUUAAAAAUCUGACAGAUAACUUUGAAUCUUUUUUGUAUGCACCAUAAUUUUUUGCAUACAGAUGUUGAUUAAUAUUGUCCCUUAAACAAACUGGUGGCAGGAGUGGAUUCUAGUGAAGGAUACAUCAUAAAAUCAGGGAUAAACAUAUUUUUUGUCAAAAUUGUAUCGACUAUUGCCACACUAAUUAUAAAUCCUGUAUUAGUGCUUGGAUGAGCUUCAAUUAAUGCAUGUGCUUUAUAGAGAUGUGCCAAAAUAGUGUCAUAGAAAAAAGAGAAUAAAAGCUGUUGCUUAGAAUUUUUUUUAAAGUUUUUUUUUAUAGUUUUUUACAUAGAUAGUCAGUGUAGCAUUUAACAUGUGCAAUAUUCUGUGUAUUUCUAUACCUGUACAUAAUACCAUCAUAUGCUUGUCAGAAUUAUGUUAAAUGAACCAGUUCACUAUGUAAGAUGGACUAAGUUAUUUAAAGCUAGAUAAAAUUGAUAUUUUUUUAAGCUCAAUUUGUUUCAGAAAUAAAAAAUCAUGAAGUAUUUUCUAUGUCUAAACAGCCUUGACCUCUUACAAAAAAGGGUGAACAAAUUAUGGUGUAAUUGAUUCAUAUUUUAUUGUACAAAAGUGGUUGAUGUUUUAAAUAAGAUGAACAUGUAGAGUUGUAAGAAUGUCUGAACUAAUACUGUAAACCUAUAAUUAACACUACCAUUUUGUUAAGAUAACUGACAUUUGAGAGUGAAGAGAGGAAUAAUCAAUUCUUAUUUGAUUUCUUCUCCUAUAUUUGUUUAUUUUCUGUUAUUGGUGCAUAUACCUGUACCUUAUUACCUUAACUUUUCUUAAACUUAUUUUUGUUUUUUAAUAAAAGGUUGUUUGUGUGAUCUAAUACAUAAACUGAAUAUUUUAUAGUGGCAAAAUUAUUUUUUACAAUAUUCUACGUACAUAGUUUUUUUAUGCCCCACCUACGAUAGUAGAGGGACAUUAUGUUAUCUCGUCUGUAUGUCCUUUCAUCUGUCUGUCUGUCUGUUCAUUCGUCACUUCCUUAGUCUGUGCGUUCUUAGCCCCGCUUCAGGUUAAAGUUUUUGGUCUAGGCAGUUUUUGAUGAAGUUUAAGUCCAAUCAACUUGAAACUUAGUACACAUGUUCCUAAUUAUGAUAUGAUCUUUCUAAUUUUAAUGCCAAAUAAGAGUUCUGACCCCAAUUUCAAGGUCCACUGAACAUAGAAAAUGAUACUGCAAAUGGGGCAUCCAUGUACUUUGGACACAUUCUUGUUUAUAAUAUAAAUUUGUUGGUUUUUUUUAGUUACAAAAUUUAUUCUGCCACAUUUACAGUAUAAACUUGAAGGGGACUGACUUCAAAGAUAAAAAAAUAAAUUGAGAUUUUUUAAAUCUGUAAAAGUAUAACCAAUUACAGUUGCUUUCUUGUAGAUAUAAGUGUUGCUUUCUUAUAGCCUGAGAAAGGACAAUCUUAUGGUUGCUUUCUUAUAGACUGAGAAAGGAGAAUCUUAUGGUUGCUUUCUUAUAGCCUGAGAAAGGACAAUCUUGUGGUUGCUUUCUUGUAGACUGAGAAAGGACAAUCUAAUGGUUGUCUAGGGAUUGUUUAGGAGAAAUAAUCUGAUAAUCAAGAAAAUAAAUGAGAUUUCCUGUGAUGUACACUGUAUAUUAGUGCAAUAUUAUACUGUGGAUUUAUUAUUAUUCAUUGGAUACCAAUUUUCGAGGGUUUUAUGGAUACAGUUGAACCACAAUUUCAAAUGUUCAAUGGAUAACAUAUUUUCAAUAGGCUUUGUAUACAGAGAUUGGCAAAAGCAUGAAAUCAAAUGUCCACGAAUAUGCAAGUUUUCAGCAAUCCACAAAAAUUGAUAUCCAUGAAAAUAAGUGAAUCCACAAUAGUUAGGUUCAAAUACAAUGUAUUUGUAUUGUAGAUUGCUUUCGGUUUUGUACUGCUGAUAAGCUUGUUAUGAAAUUUUUAUUUGUUAUACCGUAUAAAUGUGCUAUUAAUAGAUCAUUCCGUAUAUUAUAAGUAUAUUAUAUCAUUCAUUUGUUAUUAGAAAAGAAAUAUAUGAUACAAAAUUU